AUGUCUAAGUCAAGUGCUGCAAGUGAUCCUCUUUAUCAUGAUGUUAGUCCCGAAUAUGUACGUUAUACUCGUUUAUUUUUUAUGUUCACUGUUUUAAUAUGUUUUACAUCAAUUAUAUGUGCUAUUGUUCAAGCUCAUGAUGAAAAAAAAUUUUAUAUUAUUAUAAUUAGUUUAGUUGUAUCAAUAGUUUUUGUUUUAUGUAUUUAUUUAUUUUUUCAACGACGAAUACUUUUAGCUGAAAAACUUUGGUUUGUUAAUUUAACAAUAUUUAUUCUAUUCCUACAAGCUAUUAUUUAUUUAAUAUUUGUUUUUAUUAAACCAUAUCCUAUUCCAAUUACAACGACAUUUCAAUCGACAACACCUUUUUCAACAACACCAUCGAAUUCAACAACAAAUAUGACUAAUAUUACAUCAACAACUGUAUCAUCAACGACAACAAAAUUAUAUUCAUGGAAUAAAGAAGCAUUUUUAACGAAAUUAUAUGAACAAAUUGAUGAUAUGUGA